AACAAACCUCUCUGUACUGUCCACAAACGCAUCAGUUGAGUGUCGGGAACGUCGCUGUGAGGUCUUCUUUGUCCAAGAUGGACUCAAGUAUCAAGAUUUAGUUGCCCUGUUUUGGAUCUAAACACCUGGAUUCUAAUCCUCUGCGCAAUGGUUGAAGGUAUCCCCGAGAUAGCCGCAAUGUGCAUCGGCCUGGUGGGGCUGAUCGGAGCGGCCGCCACCACCGGCAUGCCCAUGUGGAAGGUAACGGCGUUCAUCGGGGAGAACAUCAUCGUCAUGGAGACCCGCUGGGAGGGCUUGUGGAUGAACUGCUACCGCCAGGCCAAUAUAAGGAUGCAGUGUAAGGUGUAUGACUCCCUCCUGUUCCUGCCUCCGGAGCUCCAGGCCGCCAGGGGUCUCAUGUGCUGCUCGGUGGCCUUGUCCGGACUGGGUCUCAUGGUAGCCAUGUUGGGACUGCGGUGCACCUCGUGUUUUCGGGGUAACGAAAGAGCAAAGAAUGUGAUCCUGUCGGUGGCGGGUGGCAUGCAGCUGCUGGCGUGCGUCUGCGUCUUCAUCCCUGUGUCGUGGACAGGUCAUGUGAUCAUCCGGGACUUCUACAACCCUUUGUUGAUUGACGCCCAGAGAAGAGAACUGGGGGAGGCUCUUUACAUUGGCUGGGUGACGGGAGCCGUUCUUUUCAGCUCCGCCUUGUUGUUCAUCUGCAGCCGCCAGACAUCGGACAAAAGGCCAAUGGCUCUUUACCACCCGGCAAACUUGCUAGGCUACGAGGCCACGCCGAGGAAGCCCGUUCCGAUGAGGUAUCAGCCCAUUUCAAAUGUUUCCAGCCUCACAUCCGACGCCUACCAACCCUCCCUGCAGCGCAGCUCUGCUGCUCGUCAGCUCGUCAAUCCUCAAUUAGCGACGAGCGACGCCGCACUUGUCACAGCACCGGUUUUCUUCAACCCAGGCCAGCCUGAAAGCGCAUCGCUUUUGUAUCCAGGCAGCGUGGUCCAACAUUCGUCCCUGAGAAGUUCCAACCCGGUCGGAAGUCUGUACACGCCAAUCAACUCCUUGUACACCAGCCACAACAGCAUGCCGUACGCGCUGACGUACAAUCCCUCCGUGUCCUACCUGUCCAGUCUCCAGCCCACGCCUCAAACUCCGGUUUUCAUUCAAUACAAAGCUUCAAGAAUCGAACCAGAGUCUCACAGUGGGAGUGCUGCAGGCAUGUACAUUUGAGGAAAACUCCCCUUUUUGUUGCAAGACAAGCCAGUGGCAACAUUAUCACCAAAAAAAAAACAGAAGAAGAUAUUUGCAUGUAUUGUACUUAUUGACUAUUGAAUGAAUAAUCUUAUGCUGUGCGCCACCACAGCCACUAGAGGGCCACUGUCAUGGAAGCAUGCCGGUUGACUUGCCCUGACAAUGAAGUCUAGUUGCUGUUUGAAACCAUUUUAAUACCAAACAUUCCGCAUUUUAUGGGUUUCCCACCACUGUAUUUAUGUAUCACAGGUAUAUAGGUAAUAAAAACAGCUGUAAACACUCAAAUUAGACUGUUUGCAGAAGGGAGAGGCUUGUUUACUUGCUUUUUAGUGAAGACAAACCUGUUUGUGUGGCACCAGGGUGGUAUCACGUUUCCACAGACAUGUCAGAUGAAACCUGCACAGUGGCCAGUAGAGGUAGACGGCAAAAGCUCCAAACAUAGAAAUGAUUCAAACACACAAACACCGUAGAAAAAAUACAUAAAGAAAAUGCUGCAAAUUCCAAAAGCACACACACACAAACCCACGAAACAACUGAAAAAGACGUUUGUAGGCUCCCUGCACUACACUAACAUUACCUUUACUAACAUUAAAAAAACUAACAAAAAAGAAAAAAAUCAGCAGUAAUUUUACCAGAAUAAAAAAGUUGUAAUCUAAUGAGAAAAAGUUGUAAUUUUACGAGACUAUGGAGGUAAUAUUAUGUGGAAAAAUAAUAUCAUCAUUGCAAGUAGACAAGUUGAAAUAUUAAAGAAAAAAGAUAUAUAUGUAUAUUUUUUUCAAGUUGUAAUAUGAUAAACAAACAAAACAAAAUAAAGGAAAAUUACAUUGGGGUAAAAAGUUUGAAUGUUACAAGAAUAAAGUCGAAAUAUGGGAGUAAAGUCAUAAUUAUGAAAAAAAAAAUUCAAGAAGAAAGUUAAAAUAGUUGGGAAAAAAAGCAAAAAUGGAAAAACCUAAAAAAAAAUGCAAAGAAAAAAUUAUAACAGAAAAAAAGAGAACACAAGAGAACAAAAGUUACAAUUUUAGAAGAGUAAAAUAAUGUAAUUUUAGCAGCACAGAGUUGAAAUAUUGAAGAAAACAUGUUAUUUUUUUAAGUCAUAAAAGUAUGAGAGACAAAAGAGAAAGUUGUAUUUUUUGGAAAAAUAGGUUGGGGAAAAAGCUAUAUUAUGAGAAUAAAGUAAAAAUAUGGAAAUAAAGUCAUAAUAUUAUGAAAAGGAAUUACUUAAGAGGAAAGUUGACAUUUUAGGAAAAUGAAAAAAAAAACAUGAAAAAUGGGGGGGAAAAGGGCAAAGAGUCAAGUUGAUACUAACAGGCUUUUUUACUAAAAUGACGAAGGAUAUGCAAUUUCGUCUUGAAAUACUGUACAUGUAAAUUCUUAGCAUAUUGCUUUACAAAAUAUCAAAGUUUCAUUUUUCACUGAGUGGCCCUCGCUGGAAACAGUUUGGACGUCCCUGUUCUCAUUCAUAGAUUUUGAAUAGAGCUAAGGUGUGUGACUUGAAACCUGUCAACUUAUUAAAGAAGUCAGUGUUUACCAACGGCUGGUGAGUACUCCCUUUACUCACCAUUAGAUGUCACCAAAUAACACGGUGAAAAGACACUGAUGAGGGGGAAGUCUUCCAUAUUCCAUCAGCGGGUGUCUGACAGCAAGUGGUGCUUGUCUCCAUCAUUUGUUUGACUGCCUGUUGCACAAACACAAACACCUUAGCAGCAGGCUGCAGCAAGUAAUGAUGUGUUCUUGUGUUACCCAUGUGCACUUUUACCAAAGUAAAAUUGAAAUGAAAAAUAAUGUGGUUAAAUAGACACAGCCCAUAAUGACUGCAGGUGUACACUUAGUAUUAAUAAACCUCAUGAAGAAGUGAUUCAUAUAUCCUAAGCGAGCCUUCAAAAUGGCCACUUUUGGGAGAAAUACAUUAACUAAUGCCUUCUUAAUAUUUUUAAACAGUCUACAACAUGAUAUUGUUUCCUUCAAUUUUGUUUCAAGGGGAAAAGUAAGUUAUAUGAACAGGAAUAAUCUUGUAUUUGACUCCGAGACUGUGUCGAAUCGGCAGUUCGAGACAGUAAUCUUCAAGGCAGCGACCAGUUUGAAGAUUAGAUUUGCGUUUGCAUCACAGACUGCAAGGCAAAGAUUUUAAUCAUCAUUCCUCGGUGUACCGAAGCAAAGACGUUGUCGAGGUCGACCACACUGACAGAUUUGAAGUUAAUCUUCACGACGUAUCCAUGUUAGCGGAUCAGC